AUGGCGUGGUCUAACGAACCUGGGCAUGCACCUGGAGCCCUCCGCCAGAAAAUAGUCCAACAAAACAAACCUUCUUUCUUUCCCUUUACUCAGGAUCCAGGGAACCAGAGAGGCCCUCAGCGAGGCAGGAGAAGAAGGGACGACGGGAUAGUUAACCCUAGCAGACGACCCAUGGUGCCAAGGACAGCGAAGAUGGCGGAGGAUCAGGACUGGCCCAGUGUCUGGCCGACUGCGGCCACGUUCAAACCGUCCGCUGUGCCGCUACCUGUGCGGAUGGGCUUCCCUCUCAACAGGGGAGUACAGCCUGACAAAUUCGGCAACAACGAGCUCCGGAAGAUCCCAAACUUUCUCCAUCUGACGCCGGUAGCAGUGAAGAGGCACUGCAAGGUUCUGAAGCAGUUCUGUACCGACUGGCCGGCUGCGCUGGAGACAGACGAGGCUUGUGAGGAACAUUUUCCCCUGGAGGUCAUCACGACGGACUAUGUGCUGUCUGGGCCGUCAUUGCGACAUCCUGAUGCCAGGAUCGUCACAUUAAAGCUCAAACUGUCCCGGCUGCAACUUGACGAACACGCCAGGAAGAAAAUUCUGAAGCUUGUCGGCGACAGAUAUGACAAGGAGUCAGACAUCCUCACCAUCACAGCAGACAGAUGUCCCCACCGCAGACAGAACUAUGACUACACACGCUACCUCCUGACCGUGCUGUACCUGGAGGCCUGGAAAACUGAACCCUGGGAGGCCGGCAUCACUCCCGAGGAUCGUGACGAGUUUCUGUGGGAGGGCAGCCCGUCGGAACACAACAUCCUCAGCACCAUGAGAGCCAUCCAACAGGCUGACAAGGGAGGCAGUGAUACACCAGAGGAGGACAUUGUACAGAAUUCUGAUGUACAGCUGUAUAAACAGGCUGUGGUGAACCAGAAGAACCAUGGAGAGAGUUCUGAACAUGUGCAGGGUUACAAGGACUCAGUCAAAAGGCUACUGGGACUAAACUGAACUGUUAGAUUGAGACUGAGAGACUCUGUGGGUAGUGAAAUCAAAGAAUUGUUGUUCAUACAUAGAUUUUUACAUUAACUCAAGUUGAUAUACUGUACAAUGUACUGUGAUCUAGCAAUGUCAUAAAAAUGGAAACUAGCUAUGAUUACUCCUGAUUAAAUCUUGUACAUAAAUCUA